AUGACCUUUCAAUCAUUUUGGGACAGUUUUGAUAGUGCUAUCCAUUCAAACCAAGUAUUAAAUGACAUUUCUAAAUUCAAUUACCUCAAAAGUCUCUUAGAAGGAAAUGCGAGUCUUUCAAUCCAAGGUUUAGCCAUAAUAGGUGAAAAUUAUAGAACUGCAAUUAAAAUUCUUAAAGAAAGAUUUGGAGACGAACAAGUGAUAAUAAGCGCUCACAUGGAUGCUCUUCUCAACAUUCAACCUACUCAAAGUAAUAAAGUAUCUGAAAUCCGAACAAUCUUCGACUUAGUCGAAAUUCAUACUAAAAACUUAGAACUCUUAAAUGUUAACUCAGAGGAUUUUGGUCCAGUACUUGUAUCAUUAGUAAUGAGUAAAUUGCCUAAAGACUUUAAACUCGACAUUACACGAAAGAUGCCUCAAGGAAAGUGGAAAAUAAUAGACCUUAUGAACUGCUUCAGAGAGGAACUUAUAGCUCGUGAGCGUUGUAUAUCUAUGGAAAAAGGAAUGAGUAACUUAGACAUAAAUCAAGAUCAUUUUCCAAAAUACAUAUCAACAUUGAACUCUCAACAAAAACAUGUAAAACCAAGAGAGUGGCAACCCAAAUCAGUUAAGCUCAUUUCUUGUUCAUUUUGUAAAGGUAAGCAUCCAAGUAAUCGGUGUAAUGUUGUUACAGAUUGUAAUGGUAAGCAUCAUAUUUCAAUUUGUGAUAAAAAAAACAAUGCUGGAGCUUAUGUAAACUCAAAUUCAGAUAAAACCAUACCAGACACCUCAGUCAAUGUUGUUGGUUGUCAAGAUAAUAUUCUCCUACAAACUGCAAAUGCUGAAAUAUCAGACACAAGCAACUCAAUAAAGAAAACUAAAAUUGUUGCAAGAGUGUUAUUUGAUAAUUGCUCUCAAAAGUCCUUUGUGACAUCUGAUGUAAGAAAGAAGUUGAAUCUCAAAACUAUUCGAAACGAAAUUCUAAAUGUAAAAGUGUUUGGAGAAAGCUGUGAAAAACCUCGAAAAUUUGACCUUGUCAGUAUUAAAAUUAAAAACAUCCAAACCAAUCAUUAUUCUACAAUCGAAGCAUAUGUUACACCAAUCAUAUGCUCUCCUAUUAUCAAUCAACGAAUCGACCUUGCAAAAUUGCAGCACACAGAAUUAGCCAAUAUACCGAUAGCUGAUGAUUUAAAAGAUGGAAAAGAAAUUAACAUAUUAAUAGGUGCAAAUUACUACUGGAACUUUGUAACAGGACAAUUAAUUAGAGCAAACCAAUCACUAACCGCAGUAAACACAAUUCUUGGUUGGACUCUUAAUGGAAAUGUUAAAUCAAUUAAUUCUGCUUCUGUAAAUGUAGCAUAUGUUCUUCAUACAUCUUCUGAACCAAUCUUAGUUAAUUCUGACGAUCUUGGCAGUCUUGGUAAAUUCUGGGAAUUAGAAGAUAUUAAUGAAAUAAACACAACCUUUGACUUAAAAAAUUUCUAUGACAAAAUCCAGUUUAAUGGUAAGAGAUAUUCCGUACCUCUACCUUGGAAACAAGAACGCAAACAGAUUCCAGAUAAUUAUGAGAAAAGCAAACUCAGAUUGCUAUCAACUUACAAUCGUCUCAAGAAAAAUCCAAACUUAUUGCAACAGUACAAUGAGAUUAUACGUCAGCAGGAACAUGAAGGAAUUAUAGAAAGAAUCCCCGAUUUUCCACCACUCGUAGGAUAA